AUGGCAGGUUCAGGCACAAACACAAAUGCAGAGGAAACUAUGCGCCUUGCCAUCACCCGCUUUCGUAGCAGAAUGGCGGCCGCAAACCAAAAGUUUCUCCAAGACCGCAUCAAUGAAAUCGAAGCGAGAGGUCUAGCAUCUGAAGAGGAGAAGCGCCGUCAUUUCCGCCAUUACCAAUGGAUGGACUAUCUUGAAUGGGACGACGAAGAUCCUGACAGGCGUGGGAGUCACAACGCAAUCCAAAUCUCACGGCAGACACUAGUCAAAGACCUCGAUGUCCCUGCUAUACUCAGGGCCCUGCCAACAUCUGUACCGGCUGACGGCGUGUUCCCGCCCCUUCUGCACACAGAGCAAUGGCGGCAGAUGUACCUCGACACAGUUCAGCGUGUGUGCCAGCGGCAGGCGGACGCGAACGUUGCCGAAAACGACGAGGAGCUCGACAUCGCGUGUAAAUCCCACAAAGACCACAGACUGAUGACUAUCCCGCGGUGUGACGAGCUAGCUCUAUUUCUAAAGUACGCGCAGGGGGUGGAAGACGCUGACUUCAGGCUCUCGGAUAUUGCGCCGUUCACACCAGCCUGGUCGAUUGGGGUUGAAAAUGAAGAAUUAGAUGGACUUGACGAAGAACAAAGACGUGACAAGUUGGAGUAUCCGGAUCUACUAAAGCGGGAGCAAGAGAAGACACAGCAGGAGUUAGAAGAUGAAUCAACGAAUGGGUUCUUACAGUCGUAUAUCGAUGAUGACCUAGAGGUUCGGGCCGGCUUUAUCACUGGCGUUGGAUAUAGCCGGCUGUACGCAUGUCCGUCUUGGUAUAGCGCGUACGUGUACUGCCGGCUGUGGACGGAUGACGACGAGGAAGAUGGUAAGCACAAGGAUGGAGACAUCCAAGAUGCUGCUAACAUCCGGGAUUGGGGAUGGCGGGUGGUUGUUUUCCAGGCCGAGGUUGACAAUCCAAGCGUUUUGUACGGCAGGAAGGCGCGCUUCGAUUCUAUUCCAGAGUUCUUGGAUUGGUAUGCCAGCUGGUUGGACCAUCUAGAUGAACGGAAAUUGCUCUCUCUGUGGCGCCACAGUCUAGGCUGUGAGACGGACUGCGAGUCAGAUUGUGAGAUUCAUUAG